UUUUUUGUUGAACUUUGCCAUCGUGUCGUUUUUUCUUCGAGGUGUCUUGCCUUUAACGCCGUUCAUUUAAUUUAUAGUUCGAAUCGGAAGACGCACAAAAAAACUAGCCAUGGGCCUGCUACGUGCCUUGCGUGUGAGAAUCAUGAAUUUCAUGAUUUUCUUCCUAAUAGUCAUACUCCUGCCCAACCUGCCGCCUCGCACAACUUUCCCCUACAAGGAAUUUACUGUGACCCCGCCCAAAGAACUGAAGGGGGCGCUGGAGCCGAACUUUCACCUGGAAGGCGCUGAGCGUCUGCUAGAGGGGCGUGUGUACGGCCCCGAAUGUCUUAUAGCCCGCAACAAUGAGAUCUAUACCGGCAUUCACGGCGGUGAGAUCAUCAAGCUGACUGCCAGCCAUGUCACCCAUGUGGCCAAGAUCGGACAGCCCUGCGAGGACAUCUAUGAGGAGUCGCGCUGCGGCCGUCCGCUGGGUCUUGCCUUUGACACGCAGGGCAAUAACCUGGUCGUGGCCGAUGCCUACUACGGCAUCUGGCAAGUCGAUCUGGCGACAAGCAAGAAGACUCUGCUGGUGUCGCCGGCACAGGAGCUGGAUGGCAAGGUUAAGCGGCCAGCAAAGAUUUUCAACAGCGUGGCCGUUGGCAAGCAGGGUGACAUCUUCUGGACGGACUCCUCGUCCGACUUUACCAUCGAAGAUUUGGUCUUUACCAGCUUUGCCAAUCCCUCGGGCCGUCUGUUCAAAUACAAUCGCGCGAAGAAUGUGAGCGAAGUGCUGCUGGACGAGCUGGCCUUUGCCAAUGGCAUUGCGUUGAGCCCCAACGAGGAUUUCCUUGUGGUGGCCGAGACCGGCGGCAUGCGCCUGACCAAGUAUUAUCUGCAGGGCGCCAAGGCCGGACAGAGCGAGAUCUUUGUCGAUGGUCUGCCCGGCCUGCCCGAUAAUCUGACGCCCGAUGCCGAGGGCAUUUGGGUGCCGUUGGUGGUCAGCGCGGACAGCGAGCAUCCCAGUGGCUUUAACAUCUUUGCACGCUUCCCCAGCGUACGCCUGUUCCUGGCCCGCAUGCUGGCCUUCUUCGAGCUGCCGUUCCGCUACCUGAACAGUGUCUAUCCGAACAAGUUCUCGCAGCGCUUCGUUCACUUUGUGGGUCACAUGGAGAGCAUCACUCUGCUGUCGCCCAAGCGCACCACUGUGGUGCGUGUCGACUGGAAUGGCAAUAUUGUGGGAUCGCUGCACGGCUUUGACAAGUCGGUGGGUGCACUUUCGCAUGUCCUCGAGUUCCAGGACUACCUGUAUCUGGGCUCACCGCUCAAUCAGUAUCUGGCGCGCGUCAAGUCGCCCAAGGCCAAACAGCCGACGGUGAAGGUGCGCAAUGUGAGGACCGAGGGCGAUGGCCUGGAGGCAUCUUUUGGUGCACCACCGACACCAAGCACAACCACUCCCAAGCCAAAGCCCAAGGCGGCAUCGACCACGACAACGACGCCAAAACCGGCUACAACUACCACAAAGAGGAGAACGACAACAACAACAACAGCAACAACAACUACAACGCCAAAGCCAACGACAACAACAACAACGAAGCCACCCACUACCAAGGCGCCCACAACUAAGCCACCGACAACUAAACCACCCACAACGACUACCACAACGCCAAAGCCUGCUGCAUCAACCACCAAGCGCACUGUGCCCACGAAACCGGCGCCCAUAGAGGAAAACAUUCCAGCGGACACGAAGCCACCAGCAAAGGAGAAGCUCAAGGUCAUCAACAAGCAGGGCGUCAACGUGGAGCUCUAAACACACAGCAGAGCGCAAUCCUUCGAGUUUGAGUUCGAGGACAUUCCCAGAGAGGAGAUUCGGUUAUUCACGUAGUCAGCCAAUGACAGAAUCAAACUCCACUUUACUCUAUAUUCUCCCUACCCCCACUCCCCACCACAGCAUCUCAAAUUGAUUUAGGGAGUGUCCCACAACAUCUAUUUUCUUGAAACAUUCCACUCAGGCCUCAUGCGGUGCCAGUUAAUUUUAGUCGAAAUGUAGCUAAAUUCAAACUAGCUCGAAGCCUUUAGCUCAAAUGAUUCUCUCGGGCAGCUCAUUAUAUGCCACGGUUUAUAAUUCGGUUCUGCUGCAACGUCCCCCCCACAACAUUCUACCAUUUAUGGAACUGCAUUCCAGCCCCGUCCCCCCCAUAUAUACCUCUAACAUUUAAGUUUAAAGUAAACAAUGGCCUGGAAAUUGUUGAACACAAAGCAACACUUUGAUUUUUGUACUGAUUAUUUUUCUGUUUUCUUAUUUUCAUUGAAAAAAUAAAGGUUUUUUUGUAAAGAUAAA